AUGAAGGUUCUUAUUUGUGGUGGUGCUGGCUAUAUUGGCUCUCACCUUGUCCGUGAACUGUUAACUCAACCUGGUUACGAGAUUAUCGUUCUAGAUAACCUUUCCAAGGGUCAUGUAGAGUCCAUCCCUACUGGUGUUGAGUUUGAGAACGCAAAUAUUUGCGACAAAGAAAGUCUCGAACGUGUUUUCUCGAAACACAAGCCAGAUGCGGUGAUGCACUUUUGUGCCUCCAUCGCUGUUGGAGAGAGUGUUACUGAUCCCUUGGGUUACUACGAGAACAACGUAGUCGGCACCAUUUAUUUAUUACAAACCAUGAUAAAACAUAAUGUCAAAUAUUUCAUUUUUUCCUCCACUGCCGCCAUCUUUGGAAACCCCGAGGAGACUCCCAUUGCCGAUAAUGCCCCCACAAAACCCAUUAAUCCCUACGGUGAUACUAAACUCACCGUCGAAAAGAUUCUCGCUUGGACUGAAGAUGCUCAUGGAUUGAAAUACGUUUGUCUCAGGUACUUUAAUGCUUGCGGUGCUCAUGAGAGCGGGGAAAUCGGUGAGGACCAUGAUCCCGAGACUCAUUUGAUACCCGUCGUUCUUCAAGUACCUCUUGGUCAGAGAGAGUUCAUCAAAAUCUAUGGUGACGACUACGAUACAAAAGACGGAACCUGUGUGCGAGAUUACAUACACGUGACCGAUCUGGCAACCGCCCACAUUAAAGCGCUUGAAUAUCUCGUGAGAGUGAAUAAAUCCGAUAGAUUCAACUUAGGUUCGGGUGAGGGGUAUACUGUCAAAGAGGUAAUUGAAGCGGUUAGGAAAGUCACCGGGCACCCGAUUCCCGAAGUAAUAGAAGCUCGCAGGGCUGGCGAUCCCGCGGUGUUAAUUGCUGGAUCCGAGCGUGCUGAAAAAAUUCUUGGAUGGAGGAGGAAGUAUAAUAAGGUCGAAGAUAUCGUCGCCACAGCUUGGAAAUAUCAUCAAGCUAAUCCGAACGGAUAUAACAAUAAAUGA